UGCCUGAAGAGAAGGCUGCCAUGACACUGGAUGCUGCACAGGAUCUCUUCAACAGCAUCAUUGCAUCGUGGAUCAGCAUCCUCCAUCCCCUCUCGUUUUCAUUUUUCUCCACCUUUGCCUAUCCACUUCUCACUGCCACCCAUCCCUUCCUCCGUGAUCUUCUCUCAGGCUUCUCUCUCUGCAGAGGAUCUUCACACUCAAGCAGGAAUAUAGCAGCAACGGCAGCAGUCAAUCUGGACCAUGUAUUUGACAGCAUGGGAGAGAGAGCGUGUGGGCAGCGACCUGGAAAGUACGCAGGGAAGGCUACCACACCCUUGUAUUUACUAGGGGAGAGUGUGGCAUAGAAUGAAUGCAAUGAAUUAAUUCAUAUUCCUGUUUACAGUCUUAACUAUAUGAACAUGGUCAUUUAACUCCUUUGCCUCAGUGUUUUUCUGCUACAUUGGUAUACCGUAUGUAAAUUCACAAAUAUAACUUUACUAAUGGGUGUGUAACACUAAAGGUCAUAGCUUGAGCAUGCUGUGUCCAUACAUUCUCGUGACAAGUCAAUUCUUUCGUAUGGUCAUCAUCAGCAUUUGCAUUCAUUUCCUUCUCUACCUCCUCAUCUCCACACUCCUCCAUCUUUUUUGCACUGCUUUCUACAUUCCAUCCUUAAACUUCUCCCGUUUAGCUCAUUUGCCGUGUCCAUCUACUUGCCACCACCUUUUCCCAUUUCCCCUAGCCUGCUGGUUACCCAGGAUGCCUUGUUCCAGGCCCCUCCGCUAGGCCUUAGCAGCAUGGGCGGAGUCUGGGCGGGAAGCGAGAGAACGGAUCGGACCCUUCCCCUCAGGACGGGUACGCUGGCGGGUCACCCUCCUUCAGCUUCAGAUGGGCGAGGACGCUGAGAGCCCCAAGAUCAACCACACCUUCCUACGAGACUAUGUCACUGAAGCUGAUGUUAUCUCCACGGUGGAGUUCAACCAGACAGGGGACCUACUGGCCACGGGGGAUAAAGGAGGCCGGGUGGUCAUCUUUCAGAGAGAAACUGAGUCUAAAGGCGAGUCUGAGGAGGUGGUGGAGAGCGGAGACUCAGGGGAGUAUAAUGUAUACAGCACCUUCCAGAGCCACGAGCCAGACUUUGACUACCUGAAAAGUCUGGAGAUUGAAGAGAAAAUCAACAAGAUAAAAUGGCUGUCACAACAGAAUGCUGCACAUUUUCUCCUCUCCACAAAUGAUAAGACCAUCAAACUAUGGAAGGUGAGUGAAAGAGACAAGAGACCUGAGGGAUACAACUUGAAAGAUGAGGAGGGCCGCCUGAAGGACAUCUCCACUAUCACAUCCCUGCAGGUGCCAGUACUGAAACCCACAGACCUAAUGGUCGAUGUUCGCCCUAGACGUGUGUUCGCCAAUGGUCACACUUACCAUGUCAACUCCAUCUCAGUCAAUAGUGACGGAGAAACCUACCUGUCAGCUGAUGACCUGCGUAUCAAUAUGUGGCAUCUGGGUAUCACUGAUCGCAGUUUCAACAUUGUGGACAUAAAGCCAGCUAACAUGGAGGAUCUUACAGAGGUGAUCACAGCAGCAGAGUUCCACCCUCAACACUGCCACCUGUUUGUGUACAGCAGCAGCAAGGGCACCCUGCGCCUCUGUGACAUGAGAUCAUCUGCACUUUGUGAUAAACACACAAAAUUGUUCGAAGAACCUGAGGAUCCAGGCAGCCGCUCCUUCUUCUCCGAAAUAAUUUCCUCUGUGUCAGAUGUCAAGUUCAGUCACAGUGGACGCUACCUACUGACCAGAGACUACCUUACCGCCAAGGUGUGGGACUUGAACAUGGAUAAAGGCCCUGUGGAGACAUAUCAGGUCCACGAAUACCUAAGGAGUAAGCUGUGCUCACUCUAUGAGAACGACUGCAUCUUUGACAAGUUUGAGUGUGUCUGGAACAGUUCAGACAGUGUAAUCAUGACCGGGGCAUACAACAGCUUCUUCCAGAUGUUUGACAGAGAGACAGGACGGGGCGUGACCCUUGAGGCAUGGCGGGAGAGCAGCAAGCCGCGGGCUGUGUUACGUACCCGCCGGGUUUACACCGGAGGAAAACGUCGCCGUGGAGAUGUAGACGUUGAUAGCUUGGACUUCAGUAAAAAGAUCCUGCAUAUGGCUUGGCAUCCAUCAGAGAAUAUUAUCGCUAUAGCAGCUACCAACAACUUGUACAUUUUCCAGGAUCGCGUCAGUCCGGAGACACAGUGACAUAUGGAUGUGAACAAAGGGAAUAAUGGAAAAAAAAAAUUCAGUUUUCAUCGGUUGUUAGGAAUAAAUGGACAAAAAAAAAAUCUGUUUUCAUCAGUUGUUACAAGUCCAGAGGAAAACACGAGGAAUAGCUGAAGGACAAUUUACAUUGAUUUGAUCCCGUAGUGUGUGUUUCCCACCCUCACCCACUUUUUGUAAUAGAGGUGCAGGGACACCUCUCCAUCUCCAAUGAUCAUACAAUGUUCACUCCUCACAAAUGUGCUCUAAAAGCUUUUGACAGCACUGGACAAAGUUUGUUAGUUAGCGGGACUGCUCAGUACUACAAAAUUAUGGUUAAACUGCAGUGUUCAGUUGCCACAACUAAUAUAAAUAGUGGACGUGGUGAGCUUGUAUGUUACAUCCUCACUACAAUAACCUGAAUUUACUCUUAUUUUGCUGCUGUUGAGUGACAGAAUUGCUGAAGAAUCUCUCUCCUUUAGAGCAGCGCUCUUGGAGAUUGCAUGUGAUCCCAUUAUCUUGUCCACAUUGCAAUAAGAAUUGAAAUCACAGUGCGACAGUGUUUCUGCUUUUAAAACAUGAGCUAUUCGGCAGGUAACAAAUGUACACUUUUUAUUGUAUGCUGUAAAUAAUUUGUGUUGUUUUUUUACGCCACUGCCACUUUAGUUUCUAGAGUGCUAAACGUAUAAAAAUAGAUUGUUAAGUACACUACAAAUGAACAUACACCUCAUUUAUAGAAGCAACUCAAUAAUCCAGAAGAAAACUUGACGCAAUAGCUUUGGUAUAUGUAGAUGUAUUGCUGGUUAAGCAGAGAGUUGAAUUAUGCACAAAUCAACAUUUGAAUUUAUUGUACAGAAUUGCAAUGUUGGGCUAGUGUUGACCUUGGCUGCUAUUUCCAAGUAUUCUCCUUGUUGAAAAAAAUAAGUUAAAUAAACACAUUUUAUCUAUAUGAGCAAUCAAGGCCAAAUUAGGGACAAAGUAAUGUAAUUUGUAACGGCAAUAUGUUUACAAUCAUUAGACAGAAGGAAACCAAGAUCAAAAUGCAUAAAUAACACCUCUGAUUCAGCUGAUUGUUUGGAUUCAUUUCAAUGAAGGUCAAAGGUCGUUAUGAAUGCCAUAACUCAUCCAUGUAGAUCAAUGUCGAUGUACUUUGAUGCAGGGUUUGCAACACUGAAACAGCAACGUAAUGUACAGUAAAUUUACCAUUGAAAUGAAAGUUGUUAUUGUCGUUACACUCCUCACCUCAUAUCGCCACAUGCUACGCUGCGGUGCACCACUGGGAGCCACAAUCAAUGUACAAUGAGAUGUUGUAGUUAGGUGAUUUGUGUUAAACUGAAUUGUGUGACCUGGUCACGCGUUGAUUGUUUACAGUGAAGUGCUUUGUUUUUAAGUGACCUUGGUCCCAAAGGGACUCUUGUAAGUGGUUUUGAAUGAGGGGUGGUUUCAGUGCAGGGUUAGAAUGGAUUGUUUUAUAGCUGGUGUGUAAAGUGGUUGGUUGUGUGAAACCAUGCAUCCCAUGAAAAGAAAUCUGUUGAACGGAUCAACAUUUACAGCACUCUUCACGCAAUCCUCUAUUCUCAUACAUUUAAACUAGAGUAACCUUCAUGGUGUCUGCUAUAUAACUUGGAUGUAGAGGUUGAAAUAAUUGGUUUGGUAAAAUAAAAUUUAUCACCCCUCAAGAAAAUGAUUUAUGUAACGAAGUCAAUUAUACAAGCAUCAGGACACUACAAAAGUGAGUUUAACCAGUAAAUUGAUUGUACAACCUAAGAGGGGAUUUGUGUUCAGGGGUGCAGCAGCAGCAGCAUGUUGCCACUACCCAUUGCUACUCAGUCUAAUAUAUAUUUAAAAAAAAAAUGUUGAAAAAAACAAAUGUGAAUGAUAGAAUGUGCAUUAAUAAAAUUAUUUAGUCUGAUUUCAUUUAGCUGUACUUUUUUGCCUUUUAUAUUGAAUCUAUGUUGAAGCCUUGCUUAUGUGAAAAAAUAGGUUUAGUAGGGGUGGUAAGGAGAAUAUUGCUAGUAAAAGAAAUUACACACACCCACACAAAAACUAAUUUAGGAAACUCGGGAAUGG